GGCAUGUUGUCCAACGAGGAUGCAGGAAACUUCGUUUCGGUGGAACCUGGCGCGAGCGUACAAAAAGAGGCGCCGGCUUCAGAAUGAUGGCUCGCUCGCGGCGCCUCCUCCCGUCCCCCGAGUCGCCGUGCUGCAGUGACUCUUGUGACACGCCUUCUGCUGCUACCUCCAUGGAGUGGGACACUCAGGUGGUGUCAGGGUCUUCCCCUCUAGGUCCUCCGGAGACUGAGGUGGAGACGUCACCGGUCGACCUGCGGCUGCCUGCGUGGCUGGAACCGGAGAGGUGCGCCGUGUUCCACUGCGCGCAUUGCCACGCGGUGCUCGCCGACACCGUGCAUCUCGCCUGGGACCUGUCGAGGUCCCUCGGGACCGUGGCCUUCUCCAGAGUCACGAACAAUGUCGUUUUAUUAGAGCCCUGUCUCGUUGGCAUUGAAGGUUCUCUCAAAUGCAGCACAUACAAUCUACUCUUCUGUAAUUCCUGUGGGGUUCCUGUUGGUUUCCAUCUGUAUUCCACCCAUGCUGCUCUGGCUGCCUUGAGAGGUCACUUCUGCCUUUCCUGUGAUAAAAUGGUGUGCUAUCUCUUAAAAACAAAGGAAAUAGUAAGUGCAUCUGAGAUGGAUAUUCACAAUGUGCCUCUACCAGAAAAGAUUGCAGAGCUGAAAGAGAAGAUAAUGCUAAUGCACGCUCGAUUAAAUUCACUGAUAAAGAUUCUGAAGGACGUGACUCCUGACCAUUCUAACCAAGAAAACUGAAGAAACAAGCACUAGAAUGAGAGGAUUGCAGAUGUGGUGACAUAUGACUGUAACUCCUGCACAUGGAAUACAAGCACGAAGACCAGAACUUCAACACAUCCUUGCCUACAUUUUGAAUUGAGGUCAACCUAAGCUUCCUGAGAACUUGUCCCAAAAUCCCUACUUGACCCAAAUAAUUGUUGUAGAGUAUGCCUUUGAGCCUAUGCCUUGUUCCAGCCCACCAGCCCACUCUUACUUUGGGGAGUAUUUUUUCUUCCUUAAUAAAUUAUGACUCCAUUACUUAAAAAAAAAAAAAAAAA